ACACAAAAAAGAAGCCUCACCCUCUCUGCAUCACUUAUAUUAAAAUCCAAUCAUCCAUCCUUCUCCAUUUGAUUCCUUUCAAUACAUAACAUAAAACACCAAAAGAAACAGAAGAAAAAGAAAAAGAACUUCAAAAAUGGCCGCCGUCACCUCUGCAGCUGUUGGUAUCCCAUCUUUCACUGGUCUUAAGGCAGCAAAUGGCACAACAGCCAAAGUGAAUGCCAGUGUCAAGCCCGCAGCCUGCCCAGUCCCAAGACUGAGCGUCAAGGCUUCAAUGAAGGACGUGGGUGUUGCUGUUGUAGCCACCGCUGCAAGUGCAAUACUUGCAAGCAAUGCCAUGGCCGUAGAGGUCUUGCUUGGAGGUGAUGAUGGGUCAUUGGCUUUUGUUCCAAGUGAUUUCUCUGUGGCUCCUGGAGAAACAAUAGUUUUCAAGAAUAAUGCUGGUUUCCCACACAACGUCAUCUUUGACGAGGACGAAAUUCCCGGUGGAGUUGAUGCAUCAAAAAUCUCAAUGAGCGAGGAAGAUCUCCUCAAUGCUCCUGGAGAGACUUACAAAGUUACUUUGACUGAGAAAGGAAGCUACGCUUUCUACUGUUCCCCUCACCAGGGAGCUGGCAUGGUUGGAAAAGUUACCGUCAAUUAAAUCCUAUGUAAAGGGAGUCAGUUAUCUCACCUCGUUUCCUAGUUUGCUCUUUUUUUUUUUUUUUGUUUUUUGGGUGCGGUAGCAGAGUUCAUGAAAAUCUUAAUUUAAAGGUGGAGACUAUGAGGUAAUGUAUGAGGUGAACCCUAUUUGCAUAAUUCCUUGUCAUUUUCAUUUUUAAAAAAUUGACAUUGUAGAUUUGUUAAGUCUUA